AAUCAUGUCUAAUUACAUAGGCACAACUUAAUAUAAACAUUAACUACUACUUAGUUAAGAUACUAGAAUGAAAUCUUAAUAAACUUUGGUACAUCCAAAUCUAAAUUCAGUGUAGCUAUUAAAUAGAGCAUUCUCAUUCCCGCGCGAUACUACUACCACUCUCACAGUUGAAUCGAAAAUGGCAAAACCAAAGACGAAGAAGAAAGCAAGAGAAGGCGAACAAGACCCAGAUUCAACUAACCCAGUAACCAUUGAACGCAAGAGACUCAAAUCCCUAGCUUUUUCCAACAACAUACUCUCUGAAACCCAAUCCAGAUCUUCAAUUCAUCUUAACCCUUCUUCCAUUCUCGCCAAACAUCACGGCAAAGACAUCAUCAAGAAAUCUCAGAGGAAGAGUAGUAGAUACCUUUUCUCCUUUCCGGGUCUCUUUGCCCCUAUUGCUGGUGGCAAAAUUGGUGAUCUCAAAGAUUUGGGAACCAAAAACCCCAUUCUCUACCUUGAUUUCCCUCAGGGUAGAAUGAAGUUAUUUGGGACUAUCUUGUAUCCAAAGAACAGAUACUUGACUCUACAGUUCUCCAGAGGUGGAAAGAGCGUGAUGUGUGAGGAUUAUUUCGAUAACAUGAUUGUAUUUUCGGAUGCAUGGUGGAUUGGGACGAAAGAUGAGAACCCAGAAGAAGAUAAACUGGAAAUUCCUCAGGAAUUGUACGAGGGACAACAAGCUGAACACGACUUUAAAGGGGGUGCAGGAGCAGGCGCAGCUUCUGUAGUUAAUCAAAGUGUUCUUAAAACUAAGAUAAAACGUGCAGAGCCAGAGUCACCAGAGACACCUCUUGAAAACGAUUCAUCAGACAGUGAGCUUGACUUAACAGACACAAAGGAAUUGGUUCCAGUUCGCCAAUCAGCGAGAACUGUAAAAAAAUCAUACAAAUUUGCUGAAAUUUCUUCUGGUGAUGAUUCUGGUAAAAGCAGCCCUGACAUUUCUGAACACGAAGAAGAAGCGGUAGAAGUUGAUACCAAUAAAGAAACUGUAGUUAUUGACAUCGACAAUGAGGACAAUUCUCCAAAAGAUAAACUCCCCGUGGUUGAAAAGAAAGAACCUGCUUCAGCGUCAAAAUCUAAAAAAGGUUCACUUGUUCAGGCUACUAUAUCCUCAUUAUUCAAGAAAGUGGAAGUAAAGAAGACUCCAACCAAUUCAAAGAAAUCUCCAUCAUCAAAAGCUUCUGGCCAGAAGUUGCAACCUGCUCGUUCGAAAAGGAAGAUUGACCUGGAUGAAGGACCUAAGAAAAAGGCAAGAAAGCUCAAGGACAAAAAUCCUGGUGAAAAAGCCAAGACGAAAAGCAAGGAAAGCGGGGUUGAAGAUGACGAUGAAGAGAAUGAUGACAUUGAAGAAUUUUCAAAUGCUUCAGAGGAUUCUGAUGGAAGCGACGAAGAAUGGAUUGCAUGAGAAUGUGAUACGAGUUGUGGCUACUAAGCAUGGAUACAUGUUUCUUUUAGCUUCAUAGAGUGUUUUAACAUAUGUCAUCCUAUCUGACUUAGAGUGAGAUUAGUCUAUAUAGUUGUGUACGGAAAAUGCACGGUUUAUAUAAAAAUAUCGACGAUUAUAUAUUAUAUCUUGUUUAGUUUUCCAGGGUACAAACUUGGAAAUAAUCACAUUAACAAAUCAAUCUAUAAAGCUAAGAAAAUUAUAUUGGCA